UGCCAGAUCAGUGAAAUGAGGUGGCGCAGGGCGGCAUAUUGGAAGUUAUCGAUUGUUCUUUGGAAAUACUGCCAUCACCAGCGAGCGGUGGAUAUCUAUCGAAGGACUGCCAUCACAAUUGCAAAACGUAAACAAAGCAAGAGGCACAGAUUUGAGGACGACAAAAUCCACGGAGGAGGAGUGUGCAAGGCUUUAGACCGUUCCCUAGCCGCGGUUCAUGUGCCCUCGCUGGGACCCAAGGUCUAUUUCCACUCAACGGCCAGUAGUGGAUGUUUGCUUGCAACGGAUGAUUCUACGAAAUGGCUCAAGCCCCAUAUUCCGCACAGCGGUCUAAAGGUGGAGGUUAAAGGCCACUAACGGCUAGUUCUGUGCUGAAGAUUCUGACACUGCCACAGCCAAGAAAUCCCCCCAAACGCAGCAGCCGCAGCAGGAAGCUGCCGGCCAUAUCAAGCCUCAGCCGUUGAGCAGCUCCUCGGCUUUUCUGAAGACCGACGAUAUGUCUGAGAAAAUAUGAUGCGCUAAUUCGGUGCGUUGGAAGACAAGGAGUUGAAUCUAGAAGAGAAUAAAUUCAAUUAAACUGCCCGAUCUGACAGUCACACUCCAGCAACAAUUUAACACAUCCACGACCUAAAAAAGUCCUGCCACUAUAAAAACCUAAGUAGAAAACAUGCAGCUAAUAACAGAAUACCUGAAAGAAACACCAUACAAUUUAGACAGUCUUUAAACGUAAUAGUUUAGCCGUACUACAGCCGUACUAUACCAAUGUACAUAUAUUUAACUGACUCUACAGUCGAUGGCUUUGGCAGCUAGUAACAUUAAGAUCUCAAGCCUUAGAAGCAAUUCCUGCCAUCAAAUACAUAAAUUUCAUUGUUUAGUGCUUUACAAAUUGGGAAUUCAUGUUCCCAACUAUUUUAGAAAAUAUUUUGUAAUCAUAAAUCAUGAGAAUUUAUUCCUUAAACGGACUGUCGUGAACCGCAGCACCUUAUUAUUUAUAAAAUCCCUAAAUCAAUGACAGUGGUGCAGCCUUAAGUAAAUCCUUACUAUUGUUUACUA